AUGUCUGGUCGUGGAAAGGGAGGAAAAGUGAAGGGGAAGGCAAAGAGCCGCUCUAGCAGAGCUGGACUUCAAUUCCCUGUUGGACGAAUCCACCGUCUCCUGCGUAAGGGGAACUACGCUGAACGGGUUGGUGCCGGAGCUCCUGUGUACCUGGCUGCGGUAAUGGAAUAUUUGGCUGCGGAAGUGCUUGAGUUGGCUGGUAACGCAGCUCGAGACAACAAGAAGACGAGGAUCAUUCCGCGUCAUCUGCAACUUGCCAUCAGGAACGACGAGGAAUUGAACAAGCUUCUGUCCGGAGUGACGAUUGCUCAGGGUGGAGUUCUGCCUAAUAUCCAGGCUGUGCUUCUGCCCAAGAAGACUGAGAAGAAGGCUUAA